AAUAGUAUCUGUCUCCUGUGUAUAAUUGUAGUUUCAUAAUUCCGUCGCUAGAGUGCAGUGUUGACAUCUUCAGUCAGUUCGCCGAACGCCGUCCAAGCCCGCGCAAUGCACUCUGGUACUUGAAGUCAACGUGCCUUCUGAAGUACGCAGACGUUGCGAUAUUGACGUUACACUUAAAACUACAUUUCCCUUCCCGGUUAGGCACAUUUGAAUGUCGUUCAGGAGCCAGGAGUAGCUUCUUUUUUUCCAAUCGAUGAUCUCAACUCAAGUUUCCUCUGGCAGCCUGAGGAAGAAACUCCUGGAGAAUGACAAAAGUGUCGUUUGGGGUGUCGAGCGGUGUCGAAGUGUGUGGUGGGAACAGGCAAAGGGAGAUAAACGCCGUUUGAGUCCCGACAAUGCGGUUCAAACAAAGACGGCAGUGAUUUUUGUGGUCUUGGUGGUUUUUCUGCUCCUGCUGCUAAAAGCACAGGGCUGGGUCCCGUUACAGUUGUGAGUCGGCGGCUUUCACCAAAGAUGUCUAUGGACGAGCAGGAGUAUGCCGACGCGGUACUGGUGACAGAAGCCGGGCCGCAGUGGCUCCAAGCCGAGGUCGAGCGUCUCACCCGGGAGCUCCGUGAAACGACCCACGAGAAGAUCCAGGCGGCCGAGUACGGGCUGGCGGUGCUGGAGGAGAAACAGCAGCUCAAGCAGAGAUUUGAUGAGUUGGAAACGGAAUACGAGACGGUCCGACAUGAGCUGGAUCAGCUGAAGGAGGCCUUUGGGCAGGCUUACUCAACCCACAAGAAGGUGGCAGCAGAUGGGGAAAGCAGGGAAGAGUCGCUGAUCCUGGAGUCUGCCAGUAAGGAGGCUUUGUACCAGCAGAAGGUCCUAGAGUUGCAGAAUGAGCUCCGACAGGCCAAAGCCUCCUUCACCAGCGUGCAAGCUGAAAACGAACGGCUGUCCUCGAUCGCCCUGGAGAUGAGAGAGAACUCGGAGCUGGCGGAGCUGCAGCGCGGUCAGCUGCGCGACGACAUCCGAGAGUAUAAGGUGCGGGAGGCUCGUCUGCUGCAGGACUACAGCGAGCUGGAGGAGGAGAACAUCUCUCUUCAGAAGCAAGUGUCUGUGCUGAGACAGAACCAGGUGGAAUUUGAAGGUCUAAAGCACGAGAUCCGUCGUCUGGAGGAAGACUCCGAGUGCCUACACAGCCAGCUGGAGGAGGCCAUGCGCCUGAGAGAAAUCGCUGAGCGACAGCUGACGGAGGCCUUGGAAACCAUUAAAACGGAGCGCGAGCAGAAGGCCACCCUGCGCAAGGAGCUCUCCCACUACAUGACCAUCGGCGGAUCUGUGUACAACAGCUCUUUCAACAUCUCCAUCGACAACCUAAAACACGACGAUCCCUCUAAUGCCACGGAGCCCGACAAUGACGAUCUGAUCAGAGGUUUCGAAAACGGCCUGGGCAAGACAGGAGACGCUCUCAAACCGGCUCCGAGCCUCGUGGACGACCUGCUGAGUGAGCUCAACAUCUCUGAGAUCCAGAAGCUUAAACAACAACUUGUGCAGGUGGAGCGGGAGAAAGUGGCCCUGAUCAACUCUCUCCAGGAGAGCCAGAAGCAACUGGAACAAGCCUAUGGGACUGUGUCAGAGCAAAAGGAGACGGUCAACAGGCUGACCGAGAACCUCAGCGCCAUGAGGAAACUUCAGGCCAGUAAGGAGCGCCAGUCUGCCCUCGACAGUGAAAAAGACCGGGACAGCCACGACGACGGAGACUACUACGAGCUGGACAUUAACGGACCUGAGAUCCUGCAGUGUAAAUACACCGUGGCCGUGUCCGAAGCCGGCGAGUUGAGGCAGGAGCUGAAGACUCUGAAGGCAAAGUACGAGGAGUGUCGAAGCCAGUACGAAGACGAGCGAGCGCGUCUGGAGAGCGACGUUCAGGAGUUGAGGUCAAGUUUGGCGUCCUUGGAGAAGAUCAGCCAAGCAGAUAAAGCAGAAGUGGCUCGUCUAGAGAAGGAGCUCCGUCUGGUCAGCGAGGCUGCAGGAGAAUCACUUGGCAGCCUUAAUGUGGCCCAGGAUGAGCUCAUAGCUUUCAGCGAAGAGCUUGCCAAUCUCUACAACCACGUGUGUAUGUGCAACAACGAGACCCCUAACCGCGUCAUGCUCGACUACUACAAGGAAGGCAAGGCCAUAGUGAGAAGGGGACAGGAAGGGAAGGAGCACCAGUCUUCCGUACUUAUCACUAACGGGCUGAUCUCUGAGACUGAACUUAAAAAGUCAAACUCUAGCAGCGCCGCAGUUUUCUCAGCUCCGGCACCAGAGCACCGGCCAGAACCAAUGAACAUCUAUAACCUCGUAGCCAUCAUCAGGGACCAGAUCCGCCAUCUGCAGCAGGCAGUGGACCGCACCACGGAGCUGUCGCGUCAGAGACUUGCCAAUCUGGAGCUGAGCACGGUGGCAGACAAGGACAAAGAGGCUUGCAUGGGAGAGAUCCUCAAACUGAAGUCCCUGCUUAGCACCAAAAGGGAACAGAUCGCCACUCUCCGAGCUGUACUCAAGGCUAAUAAACAGACGGCUGAGGUUGCUCUGGCCAACCUGAAGAGUAAGUACGACAGUGAGAAGACCAUGGUGACCGACACAAUGAUGAAGCUCCGCAAUGAACUCAAAGCUCUGAAAGAGGACGCUGCUACGUUCUCCUCUCUUCGAGCCAUGUUCGCCACAAGGUGUGACGAGUACGUGACCCAGCUGGAUGACAUGCAGAGGCAGCUGGCUGCUGCUGAGGACGAGAAGAAGACCCUGAAUUCUCUGUUGCGUAUGGCCAUCCAGCAGAAACUGGCCUUGACGCAGCGCCUGGAGGACUUGGAGUUUGACCACGAGCAGGCACGUCGCAAUAGUGCCACAGCAGUGGGAGGCAAGGGCAAAACAAAGGGCAAGGGAGCCUCUUCCAACCAUCAUUAAUUCUGUCAUGCCAAGUGUCCUUAAGGAGGUCCGACAGGGUGUGUGUGUGUGUGUGAGACAGUUGCCAGACAGCUGUGCUCCUGGUUCCUUCACUUUCAAAUCAUGGUCCAGAUCAUGUUAUCGCUAUAAUACAGGAACAUUACCAACAGUAUGUGCCAGGGGCCUUGUUUUAGAGCGCCAAAACAAGUAUGUAAAAUUCUGUCGAACAUUUUGACUGCAGAAUGACUCAUCGCAUCGGCUGCCCACUGCAGUUCUUCAGUCUUCCGACAAUAUGCACCACUAUUAUUACUGAACCAGAGGAAAAAUCAAGAUGGGUUUUUGCUGAUCACUCAUUGCCUGCGUUAGCCUGACUGAGCACUUUUUGACUUACUUAUCUGCUCUUAGGUGAUUUCCCUUUUAUUUCUAAAAAAUCAUGCUAAUUGUCUCAAGUAUUAUACAGUGUUUUUAUUGGAUAUGCAUGUUUGUCUGACAGAUUUUCAAGUGCUUCAACAUGUUUUUAUCCCUAUUUAUUUCAUAGUAAUGAAACCAGCCAUUAUGUGUAUUUUCUUUUUGAACCAGAACUCACUGGCUGAAAACGAACAAGAGACAAAUAAGCUUUCCUGCCUUAGUUGUUUUUCUUUUGGCCUUAGGUUUAGAUGUGCCUUUCUGACAGUCCAGAGUAACAAGCUGCCAAGGUUAUCAAGAUUUUUCUUUUUUUCUUUUCACAAUAUGAUUCUGCAAAUGUGGAGCUUCAAAUUCAGGGUCCUUACUAGAUUUUGUAUAAUUGGGCUCCUCCUUUGUAGACACGGCAAAGCUGUUACAAACUCAAGUAUGUUUAUUAUGACUAAAGAAGAGUAUUAAUGCAAACGCUUAUUUAAAGAUUUCUAAGUUAAGGUCAGAUGUAUGAUAGUAUUCAUAAACUUUAUUCAUGAAGGAGAGUUUUUAAUGUCAUUGUUUAAUACAGGUUUUUGUAAAGCUGAAAUUAAUUGUCUGCAAACAGCCUGCAGUGCCAUUUUGUGUUUUGUUUAUACAAGUGCAAUUUGCAGAUAUGGCAAGGAAAAAAAACAACUAAAUGUUUAUUCUUUGUGGAAAUAUGUUACACAUUGUUGCUCACAUACUUGGUCCUAAUUGAUUUUUAUAUGUUUUUACUAUAACUGCAAUUGUAUUUAUUUGACGCUGUUCAGACUGCAGGAUGUCAUCAUCUGUUUUUGUUUCAGAAGUGGAAACUUGAGUGGAGGUGGCUGGUCAGAGUAUCGAUUAGAAUAUCGACAAAACUGAACUUGUGGUAAAACACUAGCAAGGUUCAUGACUGUGUGCUACUGUCUGUCUGCUAACGGUUAUGACUGGUGAAGAAAUAAAUCUUAACUUUCACAACA